AUGGGGAACCAGUGCUGCGCCGGGCGGGAUACCGCCUACAAGCGAAAAGCUCAGGAGAGUGAAUACGGGGGGAAGUUGAAUAAUAUGCUUUCCUUUGUGGGUGAUGAUGUCGUUCGGUUUGAUAGGGCAUACGACAACGGAGAUAUCGCAGAGUUUGUGCGUCUCUGUGACUCCACUUGCGAGAUAGAGAAGCUAGAAGAGCGCAUGCACCCUUGGGCAGCAGAUCCAGAGACAAUUGGGGCUUUGGCUGCAACUCAGCUCGCUAUCUUUGCUUCUCGUGACCAGGAGCCUCAUUUAAAGGAUGAGAUUCGCGAGGCUGGAGGCAUUGAGGUGCUGGUGAAGCUGCUGGGCUCAAAGGAGUUAGAUCGCAAACACUCUGCAGUCGUGGCGCUUUCUUUUUUGUCUUCGGAUAAUAAACAGAACUGUAUUGCCAUGUUCAACGCUGGAGCGAUGCCGUAUUUAAUUCAAGGAAUGAAAUCAGACAUAGAAGGAAUGAGGGCAGCUUGUGCUCAGACAGCGCGCAACAUCUACGUUCUGGAUGACAAGUACAGAAGGGCAUUUUUGAAGGGUGGAGGGAUUGCGCAGCUCGUCAAGUUUCUGGACGUGUAA